AUGGCGACGCCCGGAUCCCGCCCCUCGACGACGGCGACUCCCGUCCGCCGCCUCGCCGGCACUUCAGGGGAAGCGGGAUCCCAGGAAGCGCUGCGGCCGCGGCUGGUGCUCUUCGGCGACUCCAUCACCGAGUGGUCCUUCCGCCCCGGCGGCUGGGGAGCCGCCCUCGCCGACACCUACUCCCGCAAGGCUGAUGUUGUUGUCAGAGGCUAUAGCGGGUACAACACAAGAUGGGCUCUGUUCUUGAUGCGGCGCGUCUUUUCCCUGGAUGGCUUACCGCCCGUCGCGACCACUGUAUUCUUCGGUGCUAAUGAUGCGGCGCUUCUAGGACGGUCAUGCGAGCGAAACCAUGUUCCAGUUGUGGAGUUUAAAGAGAACCUCAGAGCAAUUGUUAAUCAUCUCAAGGUUUGUUCCAAGUCCAUGGUGAUUUUACUUAUCACCCCACCUCCUGUUGAUAAAGACGGAAGAGAAAGAUUUGCACGAUCACUUUAUGGAUAUAAUCCAAGUUGGCUUCCAGAAAGGACAAAUGAAAUGGCUGGUGUCUAUGCAGGUAAAUGCAUAGAACUAGCCAAAGAAAUGGGUGUACACUGUGUUGACAUUUGGUCAAAAAUGCAAGCAGUUGAAGGUUGGCAGAAACUAUACUUGAGUGAUGGACUGCAUCUGACGCCGGAAGGAAACGCUCUGGUCCACAAGGAGGUCGUCGGAACCUUGAGAGGUGCUCGUCUGAGAGCUGAAGUUAUGCCGCUUGACUUCCCUCAUCAUUCCAAAAUUGAUGCAAUUCACCAGGAAAGGUCCUUCCAGUGA